GCUUUAUUCACCAAAGCAACUGUUGUGGACUUGUCUUGCAACAACAUCACCUCCCUUCCUCCAGAGUUUUGCAACCUGACCCACCUGGUGAAGGUGGAUCUGAGCAAAAACCAGCUGACCAGUCUGCCAGAUGACCUGGGGAACCUGACAAACCUUCAGCAUCUGGACCUGUACAACAACAAGCUGACUGUGCUGCCCGUCAGCGUCUCUCAGCUCAGGAAUCUGAAGUGGUUGGAUCUGAAGGAUAACCCGCUGGAGGCCGGCCUGGCCAAGGCGGCAGGAGACUGUCUGGAUGAGAAGCAGUGCAAACAGUGCGCCUCCAAGGUGUUGCAGCACAUGAGAGCUCUUCAGGAUGAGGUCGAUCGUGCACGAGAGAAACGCCUUUUGAGGGAAAAAGAGCUGGAGAGGAAGAAGGAGGUGAAGCAGAGGGAGCGGGAGGCCAGAGAGAAGGAGGCUCGUAAAAGGGAGAAAGCGGAGGAGAAGGAGAAGAGGAGGAAAGAGUACAACGCUCAGAUGGCGGCCGCCGCUGCACGGGAACAACAGAAGAAGAAGAGCGAGGAGAAAAAGAAGAAGAACGGACAGGCAGCAGGUAAGACUAAA